AGCACUUCGUUUUGCGUGAUUCAGUGUAAUUGAUCGAAGUGAUGUCGAGAACAGUCGAGGAAUUUAUCGAAUGCAGGGUUUUGGAGGAAUGGUCCAAAUGUUUUGCAGAGGGAUUACUUGACAAAUCACUCCAAGAUCACUGGAGGAACUUCAUCCCUAUAAUUCUUCCACCUUCUGUGGAAACAGAUGCAGUGAAAGUGGACCGCCGAUUGAAGAAAUUUGUUCUGUCACCAAUGGAAAAAUUCUUAUGUGCAGGCGACCCAGAAACAAUAUUUAAACUACUGAAGGAAAAGGACCAGCCUCCUCAGCUCUGUGGGCAUGUUUUCAAAAUGGGGGAACCUACAUACACAUGUCGUGAUUGUGGUGUUGACCCAACCUGUGUACUCUGUAUCCAGUGUUUUCAAAAGAGUGACCACAGAAGACAUAGGUAUCGGAUGAGUACAUCAGGUGGAGGUGGAUACUGUGACUGCGGUGACAAAGAAGCUUGGAAGACUGCUGCCUUCUGUCAUAUUCAUGCCGAGGGAUUAGAAACCCAAGUAGAUCAUGACCCUGUUUCAACACUACCUGCUGACCUAAGAGAAAGAGCAGAGCAAUUGUAUGGAAUUUUACUGCAGUACAUUUUGAAGUUAUUGAGAUGGGAGACUGAUGAAUGUGCUGACAAUUUGCCAAGAGGUUUACAACCUGAAGAGCCUGAUAAUACCUUUGUAACUAUGUUGUUCAAUGAUGAAGUCCAUACGUAUGAACAGGUCAUUUCCACAUUGAUGAAAGCAAUUGAGUGUUCAAAGAAGGAGGCUACCAACUUCGCUACAGUUGUGGAUCGUGAGGGGAGAAGUGCAAUUAAGAUUGGGAACUACGAGGAAUGCAACAAAGCUAAGGAUGUUAUUGAGAGAACAACAACUCGACAAGGUGGAAAACGUCUCAAGGUACUCGUUAUGAGGUCUUCAAUUGUCUCUCAUCAGCUGUUUGCGGUUAAGUUACUUGCUUGGUUACAAGAUAUCACCUCGAAGGCUGAUGGUCUCCGGAAUCUCUUUUGCCGUGUUGCCUUGGAAGUGAAGGAUGGACAAUCAGUGAUGGAAAGGAUGCUCCUCCUUGACACAAACCUUUGGAAAGUUGCUAGAAUCAACAGUCAUCAGCUCUUCAUGGCAGGUGUUCUCAUGGAGCCAGAAUGCAAGAAAAAAUUCGCAAUGCUUUAUACUCAGCUUUAUCCAAGAUUAAUCAAAGACUUCAUACAAGAUGAUCAUGACCAUUCUGUUUGUGUGGUCUCUGAGUCCGUGCAGAUAUUCACCGUCCCAACACUGGCUCGGAUGUUGAUCACGGAUUACAAUCUCAUCAGUGUGCUACUCAGAGCUUUCCUGGAAGAAUGUAAACCAAAGAUAGGAAGAGAUGGCAAGUUUGCAUUUGAGCGCAGUGAGAGAAAUCAAGGCUUCCGGAGGGCACAGUAUGUGAUGUACGAUGUCAAAUAUGCACUUACCUGUAAGCCUACCCCAGAAGAAUGGAAUGAUAGUCUCAGGAGGAACUUCAUGGAUGGAUUCAGUGUCUUAUUGGAUUUGCUCAAGUGUAUGCAGGGUAUGGACUGUGUGACGAGACAAAGUGGCCAGCAUCUCGAGUUUGAACCAGAAUGGGAAGGUGCAUUUAACCUUCAACUCAGGCUCAAUGACAGCUUAACUCUGUUUCUUGAUUGGUGUGGAACUGAUCGUCAGGUGUUGAUACAAGCAUACAAUAAAUGCCUGAGGACGCUCAGCCAGUGCAGAGACCAAUUAGACCAGUACAAGAGAGAAAUGGUAAAUGUUGGUGGUCAUGAAGCAAAUGUGAUCAGGUAUGAUGUUUCCACUCAACCUGUUUCCAUUCAUUUACCUGUGAGUCGCUUGUUAACUGGUUUACACCUUUGCCUGGAAAAGUUUGGUAUGACAUUCUUCAGUCCAGAAAUGAAUCAAAGUGAACUCAGUCCUGUCGAUUUGAUUGAACCACCCCUCCGUACCUUGGUGAUGAUUGCCCAGACCCAGGCGGGCAUGUGGAGGCGAAAUGGAUACUCACUGCUGAAUCAGAUCUUCUUCUACAGUAAUGUGCGCUGCCGUGGUGAAAUGUAUGACAAAGAUGUGGUGUUAUUACAAUCUUGUGCAGCAAUGAUAGAGAGCAAUGAGUUUGUUAUACAUCUCUUGAAUAAGUUCGGUCUACUAGUUUGGAUUAGGGAAGAAUAUGACAAUCCUGGUGGCUCAUCUCCUGAAGACCCCGUUCGGCAGACUAUCAUCUUGGCUGAAGAAUUCUUGAACCUGCUCAUUAUUCUCAUUGGCGAACGUUACUCCUCUGAAGUUGGUGAAGUUACUGCGACUGAGAUGACAAAGAGAGAAGUAAUUCAUCAGCUCUGUAUCACCCCCAUGGCUCACAGUAAUCUCAGUAAGGCUCUCUCAGAGGAUGAUGAAGUUGCAUUUGAUUCUGUAAUUGGGGAUGUUGCAGAAUUCAAAAAGCCUACGGGAUCUGGCAAGGGUGUUUUUGUGUUGAAGGAUGAGUACUACACCGAGUAUAAUCCAUACUUCUACCAUUACUCUCGCUCAGAUCAAACAAAGUCUGAAGAGCAGCAGAGGAAGAGGAAAAAGCUUGCGAAUGAGGACCAGGCGUUGCCACCUCCAGUUCCACCACCUUUCAUCACCUCCUUCAGUCCAGUCAUCAAUAUUUUGACCUGUGAUGUCAUGAUUUUCAUCAUGAAGCUCAUCCUAAUGAGAACGGCUGCUACACGGUCAAGGUCAUGGUCUGAAAAUCAGUUUGAGAAAGUGCUGCAUUUGAUUGGACUUGCUCUUCAUGAAGAUAAGAAAUCCUAUGAUAAGGGAGAGGGAGCAUUCUGCUUUAUUGAGAAGGCAACAAGAGGUGAAGGGAACCUCCUGAAACUUCUGGAAUCUCUUGUUGGCCAUCCGAAUCUGUCUCAUGACGCCCACAAGGAUUUGUUGACAUGGAUCAUGAAGAAAUUCUCAGUUGUACGAAAAUUAAAAGAUGUGUCAGUUUCAAUGGAGACUGUUCAUGCAACAGCUGCAGCUCUGGAUGAAAAAGCUGAAAAAGUGAGAAGAAAGAAGGCAGAUGUGGCUGCAAAGAGACGAGCAAAACUCAUGGCUCAGAUGUCAGCUAUGCAAAAAAACUUCAUCAAGGAAAAUGCUGAACUGUUUGAAAAGACAAGCACAGAGUUUUUGUCUGCAUCUGCUAGCUCUGCUAUGGAUAUCAGUGAACCCAUUGGUUUCCAAGUAGCCGUUGGUGCAAAGCGCAGCCCUGGUGUUGUUACUGGCAUUACACAAGCAACCUGUAUCCUGUGCCAGGAAGAGCAAGACAUAUCUUUUAGUGAUAGAGCUAUGGUACUAGCUGCUUUUAUUCAAAGGUCGACAGUGUUGUCAAGGAGCCCAGGCAAGGUGAUAGAGAAUGGAUAUGAUUUUGACCCCCUGUUCAUUGAGUCUGACCUAUUCUGUGGCACCCAUACAAGCACCUGUGGGCAUGUGAUGCACUCUGACUGCUGGCAAAGACUCAUUGAUUCUGUGCUGACUCAAGAAAGAAGACGAAUGUUUCGAUUUCGUCAUCACCCCAGUUUUGAUAUUGACAAAAUGGAAUUCCUCUGUCCACUGUGUGAGACGAUAAGCAACUCUGUGAUCCCCAUUAUCCCUCCACUACAGAUGCUUUCAGACGACCUAGAAGAGAAGAGAGGAGUGGAAUUGAGUUUCAAUAACUGGAUUGAUGGACUUCAGAAAACAGUUGAGGCAAGUGUAAGGGAAGCUGUUGAAAAGGAAAAGGAAGAAGAGUUAUUCCUGCUGCAACCAUGUCCAUUACCAACCGUGACCAAAAUGAUGGCAGACAGUGUGGCCAAGAACUUCCAAGCCCUCUAUGAGUAUGUGUUGGAGCCAAGGGGGCACUUCAGUGAUACAAUCAAUGAAAUGAUCAGAAAGUUCAGCAGGGAUGCUUAUUCAGUUGGACUUGAUGUAAAUCCAGAUGAUGACAACCACAGGGUACCUGUAAUGGCCUGGUCAACAUGUGCUUACUCUAUUCAAGUCAUAGAGCAGUGUCUCAGAGCCGAAGGAAAACCAUUAUUUGGCUCAAUGAGUUCACGUCAGACAGACUGCCUUUGUGCCCUAGUACGUCUUGGUGCUGUGGUUGGUCAGGUUGUUCAGCCAGAUGAAGUCAGGAAACACUGCAUCAGGUUGUUGACAGCUCUUUUGCCCACCAGUGACUUCAAACCAAAAAAUCCUGCUCCGUGUGUUCUGGCUUUUGACAUGUUCCACCACUUCGCGCAGCUGUGUUUUUCUGUGCCCACUUUGUAUGGAGAGGAGCAAUGGCCUGGUGUGGGGGUGCUCCCAACUGGUGGCCUCAGUGAUCAACAUCUGCUAGAGUUGACGAUGACAGCUCAUGUAGUGCAGAUCAUGCUUGGAGCGGACUUUAAUGAAGCAGAAUCUAUGGAAGUGGAAGGCGACGAGGAAUGCGAGCCUCUUAUGAGAAUUUUCACAAAAGUACGCCAGUUAGCAGGGCAAGAUGUUUCCCCCACCAUCCGUCCUUGGCAACUCCAUACUUACCUCAGACAGGCUUGUGCACCAUUCCUUCGAUGUGCUGCCCUCUUUUUUCAUAACUUGACUGGUGUUUCACCACCAUCAGAAUUUCAAGAGAGUUCAGUGGAGCAGUUUGAAACCCUCUGUCGAUAUCUUUCCCUGCCAGCCAAGCUUUCAGCAUUAUUCGAUGAGAGAGGAGAUCUCAUCAAAAAGUUAGUGGAAAGUUGGUGUAGUGAUACCAGAGUGAAGGCAAUAAUAAGAUCUGGGAAGGUUGUGCAGUAUCCGAUGAGUGUUAAUCGGCUGAUCCCUCUACCACAUGAUUACAGUGAUAUGGUCAACGAUGCAGCCACAUUCAGAUGUCCUCAGUCGGAUGAUGACAGUCGUGCGCCUACACAAUGCCUGGUUUGUGGGAAGAUGGUGUGUUCGCAGAGUUACUGCUGCCAGACUGAGAUGGAGGGCAUCCAAGUGGGUGCAGCCACAGCACAUGCACGUACCUGUGGCGCCGGUGUUGGUCUCUUUCUUCGAGUGCGGGAAUGCCAGAUUCUGUUGUUAUCAGGGAAAACAAAGGGUUGCUUCUACGCUCCCCCAUAUUUAGAUGAUUAUGGAGAGACCGACCAAGGGUUAAGGCGAGGAAACCCACUACACCUAUGCAGUGAUAGUUACAAGAGGCUGCAUAAACUUUGGUUGAGUCAUGCCAUACCUGAGGAAAUCACCCACUGUCUGGAGUCCAACACCAGCUUGAUGAGCCUUGACUGGCAACAUAUAUAAUAGAAAUAUUGUCAUGCUGCUGACUGCUAAUCCAUAUGCAAAUACAAGUGAAUACGCAAACCAUGAGAUGUAAGAAUUGUAGGAAAUAAAGACAUGGGGUAUACAAUGUGCAGUGGAGGGAAUAAAACAAAAUAUCGAAAAUAUAUUUAUGUUCACCACACCACUGGGCAACUGGUUAUCACAGAAAUACUUUCUUCUUCUUUGGGAUAAAUUCCUUUGGAAGACGAAUUGAAUUAGUCAAAACUCUUACAUUUCAUUGGUUUUGAAGUAUUUUGAACUCAUUGGUUCGGCGAGUCUAUGGUGGUACAGUGUCCAUCAUUCGCCGUCAUCAGUCAAGGAAAACUUCGGACAUUGGCACGUUUUCAAGUUUCUUAACUGCUAGGGCUGUGAACGCUAUGCUUCCACAUCUCAACAUGUUGACAAUUUUAGGUUCAAGUGAUGCACUUUUCGCAUUGAACAGUAAGUCAGUCUCGUUAAACAGUCAAUCACCAAAUACCUGUCAUUGAUAUAUCUAAACAAGCUAAAUAAUCUGCAUCAAUCUUUUUUUUAGCUUUAGGCCUGCCUACUUUUAAAGGUCACAGGGGGAAAAAAUUGUUAGUUCUUCAAAAGUCCAUUUGACUUACUUUUCAGAUGUAAGUAGAGUCUAGCUCAUAUCAACAUCAACACCUACAACUAAUGAUUCAAUGUGGUUUGCACAAGGUUGUUGCAAAUGUUGUUGUCUGUAUGAUCGUUAAGAUCACUAUGAAGUGCAUUAUUCUUUUCAUUAUGUAAUCAUCAAUUUAUAAUGGUGUUGUAGUACAGGGAAAAUAAGACUGCCUGAUCUGUUUUCUUGUUAAUAUCUUACACUGGUUCUGAAAUAACAGACUUUUUGUGGUUAAAUAUCAAACCUGAAUAACUCCUAUUUGUGGCCCGUCACAGCAAAACCAGGCGCAUGUUGCUCUGAGCUUGGCAGGUUGAGACUGAGUUUUUAUUACCCCUCAGUCCAAAUGGGCUAGAGGGGUAUUGUCGUCAGGUGCGCGGUCCGUCAAUUUCAUUUUUGGUAUGUACAAUGGGGGUGACUAGAGGAAGGUUCCUUUCGAAAACGGGCUUGUUCCAUUUAUCGAUAUGGCCACCAGGGCGGCGUGUUUGAAAUUGGUUUCCGUCAAUUUCGAGGAGAACCGUUCGUCCGAUCAAAUUCAUUUUUGUAUGUACGUUGGGGGUGACUAGAGCGAGGUUCCUGUCGAAAACGGGCUCGUUCCGAUUCUCAAUAUGGUCACCAGGGCAACGUGCUUGAAAUCGGUUUCCGUCAAUUUCGAGGAGAACCGUUCGUCCGAUUAAAUUCAUUUUUGGUAUGUACGUUGAGGGUGACUAGAGCGAGGUUCCUGUCGAAAACGGGCUCGUUCCGAUUCUCAAUAUGGUCACCAGGGCAACGUGCUUGAAAUUGGUUUCCGUCAAUUUCGAGAAGAACGGCUUGGAGGAUGGAAUCAAUUUUUAGUGGGUGAAGGCCUAAUGCAGUAUUGUAAGGGGAAGGUUCCUUUCGAAAAUCAGCGCGAUUCGAAAUUCAAUAUGGCUCACAUCCUCAAAAUAGGUUUCCACAAUUUUAAUUUCCAUAUGCAAACUAGCCACUCCACUAAGCCAACUUCACCAUUAUCUCACCUUCAACCUUAAUAGGCUGAGGGGUUAUGCUCACUUUGCAAUGCUAUUUUUCAUUUUCGAUUGUCUGCCUUUUGUGAAAUAUGAGCACAUCAAUUUCUUCCAAUAUCUCCUAUUGUCAUUUAGGCUCAUCUUCUGUGCGACAUGGGCCCGGUUUUGAUGUGACGGGUCACAUUUGUGGUGACUACCGACACUCUCCCACUGCACAAGGCUACCCUCCCAAGGAAGGUUAUGGGGUUGGUCACACAGAAUUAUUUCCACAUAAUCAUACACCACCAGCAAGAUUAUACAAAGAAUAUUCUUUAUAUUCUUGCUAAAACACAUCUAUCUAACUGCCGUAGGAUUGUAAUAAGUGACAUGUCCAGUUACAUCACGGUGUCAAUAACCCCAAUGAAGGUAUGCCCAUGAAUGGGAUAAUUAUGUCCAUCCUUCAUUGAAUGAGGUUUGAAGUGUUGUGCAAUAAUUGGAAUACUAAAAGGAAUAACCUAUCAUUAUUAACUUGUCUUUGUUUUUUUACACAGGGCCCUAAAUGUAUAACAUGGCAGAGUGCAUGUUGAAGAGGUGGAAGCUUGGGGGCAGAUUUCAAAGGUCAAUAGAAAAGUAUCUAUCGCAUAUUGAUAUUUUUGCAGAAAAAGCAUGAUUGCUCGAAACAAAGCUAAGAUAUCAACAUCAAAACACCCAAAAAAGUCUUAGUUCUUGCUGUACUACAACCACGGUCGAUAACUGUAGCGGUUUAGCAACCAAAUGUACGGUUCAGCGAACUGCCGCUUAUGCACUCUAGCAGACAACGAGAGUUGAAAAUCAGUGUAUGAAAUAAAAAUGGUAGAUACGAAUAAAUUUUUGCGAUGUAGCGUCCUUGGGUCUUGCUAUAUACAAUUCACUAUCCUUCAGAUGAUAACGGAUGGUUUUUGUCGUUUAAAAGACUACUUUAUAACAAUUUUAAACAAGUUUAGUAGUGUACCAUGUAAUUGCUGUCUGGUCAACGGUAGGCUGUCACAUUCCCAUUUAAAGCUAUGGAGUCAACUUCUGGGUAUGUGUUCCGUGGUUUUUUCAUUUGAAAUUCUGCCCUUUUCUUAAUUUUUUUUCGUGAUUUUGACGGAUUUCUGCAAUGAUCGUACAUGUUAAGCGAACCCUCGUACAGUUCAGCGACUUCACCUUGUACGGUUUAACAAAGGCAAUCUGUACAUCGAAAUUCAGUGUCCGACAUAUACUGCAGCACUUCAUGGCAUGGUACCAGCAUGGUGAUCCAAGUUCUUCUCGUCUCCAGUAACAUCCUAUCGGUAAUCAUCAAGGUUCAUAGAAAACGGAACAAAAAGGUAUAAGCAAACAACAAUUUGAAUGAUAGAAUUUACUUUCAAGAAACAAGUUGUUCUCCCAGCAACACAAAUGACUAAGGUAAGGAUAGGGAUGAUACACCAAUUGCCAUUUUGACGUUUUGUAUUCUGCCAUAGUGCAUCGCAUGUAUAUUUCAAACGUCAAGGGUUUGUUUGGAAAGAAAAGUCAUUUUUGGCUCACCGUUAGGGGAAUCUUUACGAUAGCCCUGUGUCCGUCGUCGUCGUCCGUCGUCGUCCGUAUCCUGUGUGGCACGUUUCUUAACCGCUUGUGCUCUGAACCUGAAACUUUGUAUACAUCAUGCUCAAGGUCAUAUGUACCCAGACACUGAAUUUUGCUCCGGUCUGAUUAUUGACAUUGCCACCAGGGGGCUAAAACCGAAAAGUUAAAAUGUGCAAUAUCUCAUUUAUUACUGAUUUGUUUUUGACAAACAUUUUAUGGUGGGUACCCCUAUCAAGGAUACAUCACAUAUCAUACGGGUUUUUGAUUUGACCUACUUACUUUUCAAGGUCACAGAGGUCAAACUCUAAAAUUUCACCGAUAGUGGCACGUUUUGUCUUUAUUCGUCCUAUAGUCUUUAAAUUUGGUAUGUAGACACCUGUUACGUAGCUCUACAUAUUGACAAAACAUCAGGUCGAUGUGGCAUACUUUUCAAGGUCACAGAGGUCAAAUGGUGUGAAUUGGCCGUUUGUGUGUAAAUAUGGCACGUUUCUUAACCACUAAAGCUAUGAACUUUAAAGGUUGGUACACAUGACCCCCUAGGUCAGAUGACAUGUGACACUGAUUUUCGGUCCAGUCUGAUUCUUUACUUGGCCACCAGGGGGCCAAAACCAAAAAAUUGAAUAGUGCCAUAUCUCGCUUAUUACUGAUUAGCUUUUGGUAAAAAUUUUAUGGUAGAUACUCCUAGCAAGGAUACAUCCCAUAUGAUACGGGUUGUUGAUUUGACAUACUUGUCAAGGUCACAGAGGUCAAAUAGAGUAAAUUGGCCAUUUGAGCGUAACUGUGGAACGUUUGUUAACCUCUUAGGCUAUGAACUUGAGACUAUGUACAAAGGACCCCCUAGGUCAUCUGACCUCUGACCCUGAAUUUCAGCCGGUGUAAUUCUCGACUUGGCCACCAGGGGGCCAAAAGUGAAAACCUAGAAAGUGUGAUAUCUCGCUUAUUAGUGAUUCGUUUUCAAUAACAUUUGUAUGGUAGGUUCUCCUAGCAAGGAUACAUCACAUAUCUUAUGAGUUUUUGAUUUGACCUGCUUUUCAAGGUCACAGAGGUCAAAUCGCGUAAAUUGGUUGUUUGAUUGUAACUAUAGCACGUUUCUUAACCACUAAAGCUAUGAACUUGAAAUUUGGUACACAUGACUCCCUACGUCAUGUUACCUCGGUCAGCGAAUUUCGAUCUGAUCUGGUACUCAACUUGGUCACCAGGAGGCCAAAACUAAAAUAGGUAAAAAGUGCGAUAUCUCGUCUAUUAGUGACUUGUUUUGAUGAUAUUCUGAUGGUACUUACUCCAAGCAACGAUACAUCACAUGUCAUACCGACUUUGGUUUGACCUAUAUACUAUACAUGUACAAUGUUUCUUAACCUGGAUGAAUUCCAAAGCACCAAAUAUCUAUACGGUGAGCACAAUGGCCUCUGGCCGUUUCAUUACACAUUUCCAGUGUUAAUUUUUUUACUAAAAGUAGGUCAUCGAGAUAUUUGGAGGGAAAACUUGGACCGGAAACAGGCACCUCUUCAACUUUGCACCAUCUUUCAAUGCAUUGCAUUUGUCAACUUUGAUUGCACUACUCUUGAAGAAAAAAAACGAUUUAUGGGUAAUUAUCACAUGGCAUGGCUGGCAAAAUGAUUAAUCUUUAAUUUCUACCAGUGUUUUUUAGUAUAUUAGCAUUUUAGGACCUUUCCCAGGUGGGACAAUAUAUACGACCUCAAUCAUAGCUGAUGGAGACCUUGCCACAGGCUGAUGAAGUAUUAAUGAUACAAGUACUGAAAUACUUUAGAAACAAAGCUUAAAAUCAAUAAAGUAGAAUGGCCAACUUUUGUUUCAAGCAAUUUUGCAUGGUUGGGAAGGCCUCUUCUGCACAACGCAUGCGCACUCACAAAACUCUUUCUGCACAUACUCAAAAUAAUUCUUUCACCCUAUAAAUAGCUUUUUACCACGUGUUGUUGAUUUAUC